AUGGAGUUGACCUUCGUCAAUCAGUAUGAUGACACGGCACCGAAACGACGGAGACUGGCAAAAGCUUGCGAGUCGUGCAGGAACAGGAAGGUGUGGGCGGCAGUUACCAUCUCGGAAUCUUCAUCGGCUUACGUAUUCUCAGAAACGAUGUGUCCAUUUCGCUGGAGCUACAGUCCAGGAUAAAGCUGGAACACAAAGUGCCACCGAGGAUGCGCAGCCCAAUGGAACCGCCAAGUCAUCCAAGGCCGGUGGAUCCAGGGUCUUCAUUAGUGAUAUGGUUCCAGAGUCAACAUUUCUGCAGCGCUCAACUCCAAAGCCCGAGGGAGAGAAUAGGCAGCCGAACGAUGAUAUUGGCAUCUGGAUAGAAAGGCGCGAGUGGGAGGCGCUGGUCCGUCAGAAGAAUGCUGCCAGCGAAGAGACGGCUACUGCAAUCGUCAGUCAACGGCCUCACUCUGCUGUACUCGGCCCGCUUAGCAACAUCUUUUUCCGGAAGAUACAUCCUCUGCUACCAUUACUAGAUGAAGAUGAAUUCCGAAAGGAUCAUGCACGCGGGGCCGUACCUGAACCUCUACUUCACGCCGUGUGCGUAGUCGCUGCGAAAGACCCGGAGGCAGGACCGCAUCUGCUACUGAACGAAUCUUCGACUCCCUUGGCACCGCGAGAAUUCUGCAGUAGGUUGUACGCCUCAAUCAUGAAUGCCGUACGGACUCCCGCCCGGUUUGAGAAGAUAACGCUGGUAAGACUUCUUGCGCUUGCUUCCCUCCAUGUCGAAGGUCAGGAUGGUGCUGAAGAGGCCACUAUGUGUCUUGUGCAAGCCAUGCAUUACACCCAAACCUUGGGAUGGCAUCUUGGACAGCAAUCUGGGGUUGCUUCAGGUGACGAUCUCACAACCAAGCGAUUGUUCUGGUGCCUCUGGAGCUUAGACAGGCUCAACAGUUGUAUCUAUGGUCGACCCAUUAUGAUGAGCGAUAUCGAUGUUGCAAUCGAACCAUUCGAGCCUGGCGAGAGUGGCUUUCCUGCGUUUGAAGUCUGGCUGGCUCUUUCUCGGCUACUCAACAAGGUCAUCGGGUUCUAUCGCCCUGGCACAGAUAUCAAUGUGACAGGGUGGGAGCACGAGUUUCCGAGCUUCGAAGAUGUCGUUGACGAAGGCAAAGGCUGGGAUCAGCCGCACAGCUCGCUAAUGACGCUGCACCUAUACUACCUGCUCGUGGCAGUCUUGUCGCAUCGCUCUCGUGGUGUCAAAUACAUGCCUCGAGCGACACCAAGUUACGUGCGACAGUCACUGGCCUCAAUCGAGCUUCACCGCCUGAUGAGCUCACAUAACUUCAAGUCUUUGCACCCGUUGCCGAUAUUGCCCUAUGCCAUCUCACUGGCGCUCUCCGUUUCUUACCAGCAUCUUCGACAGGCACGAUUGAUGCAUCAGCAAGAAGAUGCACGGCAGGACUUUGGCAUUGGCUGUGAAGUGCUCCAGAAGCUGCGCCGGACUUGGUCUUCGGCAGAUGUCAUCGCAACUAUUGCGAGAAAGGUGCUGGCGGAGCUCAACAAAGCCACCGACCUGUCCACCUUCCGGGUCAACAGAUUCAGUGGAGGCCCAAGCAGUCCGGGCAUCUGCACAGCAUCUUUGACGAAGCCUCACACCAUCAUAGACACAGGAUCGGAGGAUGAGGCAGCCGAAGGCAGUGUCAACGGGGAUCACGCAGGAGCGAGUGUCCAGCUAGAUGCUCCUACGCCAGACUGGUCCGGGCUGUUUGAAGGAAUGGACGACAUAUUUGGCACCUUUAUGGAUCCCAAUUAUCCCGUAAAUCUCGACGACUUCUCUUUUGUCGAGGAUCCAAGUCCCGUCGAUUGGAACGCGGCGCCAUCAUCUUGA